CUACAGCAAAUGAAUACUAAACUAAUUUAAAUGAGUGCAAGUUAAAUUUAAUAGCAUAGUGAGCUAAACUAAUUUAAAGAGUACACAGGUUAAACAUUGUAGCCAAAACUCAGCUACAUGUUCGUUCUGUGUUUUGUGGCAAUUACGUGAGGAGCAAAGCAUCUCAGAAUCUGAAUCUGAAUCUGAGUCGGACUCGGACACGAUGAGAGCGCAAUUAGAAUCGCGGCUUCGACUUCCAUGAAUUGUGGGUUAAUGUCAAUGCCAAGCGCGUUAAUCGAAACUGGUUUGUCAGCUGCCAGAUUCUAUAUAUAAGAGAUGCGUGUGUCGCAGUCGUGUUGACAGUCAGAACAGUUGUUGCUCGAGCAUAAUGUAUCUACUACUAAUGUGCUGCUGCUGCUGCCUUGUGGCCUUGAUGCCAGCGGAGGCAGCGCUGAAGUCUACCUGGCAGCUGCCCACCACGGAGGAGAUGCAGGCGAGUCUGCAGAGCUGUCGCUUCGAAGCUGCUGGCAUGGAUGCCGAAACUCUGCGCUGUCUGGUGACGCAACUGGGACUCUGGACGGACGAGGAGGGAUACAAUGCGAAGCGCAUUGCCAAGAUAUUUGCGGCACAAAACCAAAUGGAGGAGCUGAUGUUGGUCAUCGAGUAUUGCAACAAUAAGGAGCGACGCGUGGAGCAGCCAGCACAGUGGGCCUUUGAGGCCUACAAGUGUGCCACCUCGGGUCGAUUUGGCCGAUGGGUUCAGGAUUAUAUGGAACAGAUGGUUACAGAAUAAAGUAUAAAACGUAAAUUAAAUUUAUUGAACAAGUAAAUGAGUUGAACUUGUGCGCCGUGAUCAGGGUUCUGGCUGUGGGGUUCACUUUAGGCCUGAACGCUGUGCUUCACCAGCUGCAGAUUGGAGCGCAUGAAGCACAUGCCACCGCGAUACGCCCAAGUGCAGGCAUCGCUACCCUGAGAGUUGUU